CGGGAUGCGAGUCCCUGAGCGGACUCCGGGGAGGGACGGGCACACGCGCGGCUGCGCCCGGUACACAGGGAUGUUGCUGUCCCGGGGGCCCCGGCGCAUGGCCGUGGCCAGCCCCGCGGGCCCCUGAAGCCGCUGCCCGGAGCGCUUGCCGCCGGGCUCCCGCAGCCGUCAGAGACACCCUCUCCAGUCAUCCAGCCUCUCAGGCUUGGAUCCAUGGAGCCCGCGGUGUUGGCUCCGCACCACCUUCCGCACCACGAACCCAUCAGCUUCGGCAUCGAUCAGAUCCUGAGCGGCCCCGAACCCCCGGGGGGCGGUCUGGGUCCCGGGCAGGCGGGCCAGAGCCACGGGGACAGUGCGGCGUUCUCCAGUGGAUUCCACGGAGCCUCGGGCUAUGCUCCAGCCGGCUCGCUGGCCUCGUUGCCUAGAGGCUCGGGAGUGGGCCCCGGCGGCGUGAUCCGCGUCCCCGCGCACCGCCCGCUGCCUGUGCCGCCGCCCUCGGGUGCGGCCCCCGCUGUGCCCGGACCCUCUGGUUUGGGUGGCGCCGGGGGCCUAGCCGGACUCACCUUCCCCUGGAUGGACAGCGGCCGCCGCUUUGCAAAGGACAGGCUCACGGCUGCGCUCUCGCCCUUCUCUGGGACACGUCGCAUAGGCCACCCCUACCAAAACCGGACCCCCCCGAAGCGCAAGAAGCCGCGCACCUCCUUUUCCCGCUCGCAGGUGCUGGAGCUGGAGCGCCGCUUCCUGCGCCAGAAGUACCUGGCGUCGGCAGAGAGGGCGGCGCUGGCCAAGGCCCUGCGCAUGACGGACGCGCAGGUCAAGACUUGGUUCCAGAACCGACGCACCAAGUGGCGGCGCCAGACGGCGGAGGAGCGCGAAGCCGAGCGGCACCGCGCGGGUCGCCUGCUGCUGCACCUGCAGCAAGACGCGCUGCCCCGGCCGCUGCGGCCACCGCUGCCACCGGACCCGCUCUGCCUGCACAACUCGUCGCUCUUUGCGCUGCAGAAUCUGCAGCCCUGGGCCGAGGACAACAAGGUGGCUUCGGUGUCCGGGCUCGCCUCGGUGGUGUGAGCGACUCCUGCUCGACGAGCGCCAACGUGGCCGGGUGCCGUGCCGCCAGCGAAGCGUGAGGAGCGGAAGGCCUGCGGCUGUCCUCUGAGGCUCCUUGGCCACCAGUGGCCCCUGGUCCGCACUUUGACUCCGCCCUUCAUGGCAUUUUUUUUUUUAAAAGACCCGCUGAGAUGUGGGUUGCAAGGGCAACCUGCAGGACUGUGAAUGAAGCAGGGACCCUGUAAGGCACUGUGACUCUGCCCUGAGUGAGCUCAGAGCUCAGGUCCUGCUGGGAAGGGAUCACUGAGCUAGUGUGAAGUCAGACAUCAAGGACAGCGGGGGAGGGGUAAUGGAAGAGGCGCUGGCACUAGAGAAUGUGGCCUACUGUGACAGGGACCUCAUCCCUCAUCUGUAGAACAAUCACUAAGGAUUCCUUC